AUGAGCAUCUCAACCAUCGCCUCCCUCGGAAUGGCAAUAGGUGCUCCUCUCCUCUACGCCGAUCAAGCAUAUUCCAUUUAUCGCAAACAAGAUGCUCGAGGGUUCUCCCACGACGUAUGCGCCGUUUUACUCAUUGCCAACAUUACACGAUGCUUUUUUUGGCUUGGAGAACGGUUCGAGUUUGCACUCUUGCUUCAAUCCCUCCUUAUGAUUGCUGCACAGCUGGGGCUCUUGAACCUUUGUAUUCGAUUUAGGCCAGUGGGUAGAUGGAGUAAGAGUAUAAGUAGUGAUGGAGCUAGAGUUGUGUUUAACGCUGACGGUGAUGAAGAAGGAGAUAGAGCUGGUGGUAGUGCGAAUGCCAGGGAGCCGGAGAGAGAUCUAAUGAGCCUCAACGUAGGCAGUGAACAGCAUGGAGAGGAGGAGGAGGAAGGCUAUGCGGAUAAACAACCUCUUCUAGUCACACUUGGAGCUAUGUUCCGCGGCAAUAACUCCAACAGCUCUUACGGACAAGUCUCCUCCACAGACCCCCACUCCUCAGUCUUGCCCCAGCCGUCUACCACCCCUGCCACCAACACCGCAUCAACUUCAAAGUUCCGCAGCGUCCUCUCCCAUCUCAACCCCGCCAACGGCCGACCUCUCAACUUGUGGCAAUGGUCAGAUUACAACUCAUACCUAAUCUUCCUCUCUCUUUUCAUCCUCCUUCUAUCCCUUCUCUACCUUCCUUUCUCUUCCUCUUCCACCUUCAUCUCUCUUCUUGGAUACCUCGCUCUGGGUCUCGAGUCUACUUUACCUAUUCCACAACUAAUCUCGAACUACCGCAGGAAGAGUCUAGCCGGUUUCAGGGCGAGUGUUCUAGUGGGCUGGUUAGGAGGAGACAGCUUCAAAUUGCUUUACUUCGUAUUCAAAGGGAGCCCAGCACAGUUUACUAGUUGUGCAAUCUUCCAGCUGAGUAUUGAUCUUGCGAUUUUGGCGCAGAGUAGAUUGUAUAAGGAAAAAACCGAGAGAGAGGAGGAGGAGAUGCGCAAGAACGCUGAAGCUAAGCAAGCCCGACGGGCUAAUGGGAGGGCUGGAAGUGGGGAGGGUGACAUUGAGAGAGAUAUAACGGACGAGCUGCCUCCUCGAACGACAACUAGCAGCAGUGGAAAGAAGCAGAAUAAGGGCAAGGGCAGAGGGAAGAACAACAGUCCAACAGCAAGAGAGGAUGACGGGCUGCUACAAGAUUCGCACCACGUCAUUAGCAUUGAAGCUGAUGAGAAUGAUGAUGAAGGAGAUAUUUCGAACAGUCGUCGGAAGUAA